GGGCGGCGGCCGCAGUGUCCGCGCGGGGCGGGAUGGGCCGGGGGCGGCGGCGACCGCCCGGCUGGGCCGCGACCCCCCCCGCGCCGCCCGUAGCCCGGCCCCAUGGAUAUUGACCUGGACUACGAGCGCCCCAACGUCGAGACCAUCAAGUGCGUGGUGGUCGGGGACAACGCCGUGGGCAAGACCCGCCUCAUCUGCGCCCGCGCCUGCAACGCCACCCUCACGCAGUACCAGCUGCUGGCCACCCACGUGCCCACCGUCUGGGCCAUCGACCAGUACCGCGUGUGCCAGGAGGUGCUGGAGCGCUCCCGCGAUGUGGUGGACGAGGUCAGCGUCUCCCUGCGCCUCUGGGACACCUUCGGGGACCACCACAAGGACCGGCGCUUCGCCUACGGCCGGUCGGAUGUGGUGGUUCUGUGCUUCUCGCUGGCCAACCCCAACUCCCUGCGGCACGUGAAGACCAUGUGGUUCCCCGAGAUCAAGCACUUCUGCCCGCGCACGCCCAUCGUGCUGGUGGGCUGUCAGCUUGACCUGCGCUACGCCGACCUGGACGCUGUCAACCGUGCCCGGCGCCCGCUGGCCAAGCCCAUCAAGCCGUCGGACAUCCUGCCGCCGGAGCGGGGCCACGAGGUGGCGAAGGAGCUGGGCGUGCCGUACUACGAGACGAGCGUGGUGGCGCAGUUUGGGGUGAAGGAUGUAUUCGACAACGCCAUCCGCGCUGCCCUCAUCUCCCGCCGACACCUGCAAUUCUGGAAGUCGCACCUGAAGCGCAUGCAGCGGCCCCUGCUCCAGGCACCCUUCCUGCCCCCCAAGCCACCGCCGCCCAUCAUCCGCGUGCCCGAGCCGCCGGCCGACCGCGUCUGGGGCCCUGCUGCCCUUUUCCGCGACCCGCUAGGCGCUGAUGUGCUCUUCCAGCUUCCCGGCGGGCACCGCGUCUUCGCUCACCGCGUCUACCUGGCCACCGCCUGCUCCAAGUUCUACGACCUCUUUGCCCUGGAGGUGGGCGCCAAGGAACCGGCUAGCCGCACCAAGAGCCUGGACGGCGCCACGGCCACAGGGACGCCAGCACCUCUCCGUGCCUCCCGGAGCGACAACCCGCUGCGGCCCGACACCCGCGACCUGUCGAGUUGGGGCCGCGGCUUCGUGAGCCUGAGUGUGGAGCCAGUGCGGGACCCGGCCACGGGGCGGGAGAGGCGCAUGGCGGUGGUGCGGCUGGACGAGCGGGUGGCUCCGGGGCCGUUCAGUGCUGUGCUCGAGUACCUGUACACGGGGCAGCUGGACCAGGCCCGGCCUGACCUGGGGCAGGUGGGUGCCAUUGCGGAGCUGUUGGAGGUCUUCGACCUGCGCAUGAUGGUGGCCAACGUGCUCAACAAGGAGAGCUUCAUGAACCAGGAGAUCACCAAGGCCUUCCACGUGCGCCGCGCCAACCGCGUCCAUGAGUGCCUGGCCACGGGCGCCCUUGCCGACGUGGUCUUCUGCGUGGACGACGGGGAGGUGCCGGCGCACAAGCCCCUGCUCAUCGCCGGCUGCGACUGGAUGCUGGCCAUGUUCCGCGGCGCCUUCCGGGAGAGCGACGCCUCCGAGGUCUCCCUGCCCGGCACCAACUGCGCCUGCCUGCGGGCCGUCCUGGAGUUCCUUUACACGGGUGUCUUCACCCCCACGCCCGACCUGGACGCCAUGGACCUGCUGGUCCUCACCAACCGCCUGUGCCUGCCCCGGCUCCAGGCGCUGACAGAGCAGUAUGCGGUGGAUGAAUUGCUCCGCGCCUACGUGCAGCAGGUGGAGAUUGACGAGCAGGUGCUCAUUUACCUGGAGAUGACUCAGUUCCACAAUGCGCAGCAGCUGGCGGCCUGGUGCCUGCACUACAUCUGCACCAACUACAACAGCGUCUGCCGGCGCUUCCCGCGCGAGAUGAAACGCAUGUCGCCAGAGAACCAGGCACACUUCGAGAGGCACCGCUGGCCGCCGGUCUGGUACCUGAAGGAGGAGGACUUGUACCUCCGCUCCAAGAAGGAGCGGGAGCACGAGGAGCGACUGCAGCGCAAGCAGCACCCACGCCGCAAGUGGUGCUUCUGGCGCCCCUCGCCCCACGUCUCCUGAGCGCCCAGCCCCCCGCCCCACUCCCCUCCCCUCCCCUCCCCUCCCCAGGGCCCGGGGGCCUGAGCCCACCAGCACCCUGUUCCUAUCGCCUUCCCUGCCCGGCCCUGCUCCCCCACCUUGGGGGCAGGGGCUGUGCGUUUACACCCGCCACGUUUACAGGCGCUUCCUGCCACCGCUGCGUCCCCGGCCAUGCGGUGCCUUCUCCCCCCUCUGCGGGGGGCUGGGGCAGGGUGCUGAGCUAGGAAGAGACCCCCAGCUCAGCCCAGCUUAUGGUGCUACCUCUGACCUACCAGUAUUGGGGGCUGGGCUGCGAGGGGGUCCCCUGGGCCCUGCUUCCUCGCUGGCUUCGCACUGGGGGCUCUGGGCUGGUGCCGCCUCCUAUGAGAAGCAGGGGCCUAGGGGGCGCGGGGGGUGGGGGUCUCAGCGUGCGUGCUGGUUGCCCUUGCAGCUUUCCCCUGUGGGCGUGAUGCGGCAGGGGGCAGCCCGGGGCCGCUGCGCCCCUCUCCGUGCCUUCCACACCACCAGCCUCUUUCCCCGCCGGGCGCAGUGUCUCCCCGGGGAUCCCUCCAGUUCUGCCUGUGCCUGGGGGCAGCCAGCAGGCCCCCCCAGCCCCUGGUGCAGACGCCAGGAGCGGGGCCUGUACCCGCUCCUGCUAAGGGCUUUUCUUUCCCCCUCGGUCCUGACCACUGUGAGCGGGCGGCCCUGCGCCCUUGGCCCCCGCCCGGUUUCUUACACCCAUCAGUAUUUGACUGUUUUAACCUUUAUUAAAGAUCUUUUGUAAUGUG